AUGUCGUCUCGUCGCCUGCGGCCCACGACCGCCUUCUCCACGGCCGUCCUGCUGUCGCUCGCCACCGUCGCCAUGGCCCAGAACUCGUCCUGCAUUUCUCUGGCCGGCUCCACCCAGUGCCCUGCUUUCAACACCGCUUCCGUUUCCACCGGCGAUUCUCUGACCGGUCUCUUUCCAUUUCUCGCAUACGUAUCUGACACGGACUCGUUCGACCAGUAUCUUGCCGCCUACGUGCAAUCCAGCUUUGUGCAACAGAGAUAUGUCCAGCUGCUGGGUUGUUCCAACAUCGACCUUGACAACACCACCAACGUCUAUGCCAGAUACACUACUAGCGUAUUGUGUAAUGCUAUUGUACAGAACUCAAUUGACGACUGCUCCUUGUCCGACGAUGAAUCCCGCCCGCUCUGCGCUGACACCUGCGCCGAAUAUGCCAUCAGCGAGCAGGAAAUCGCUGCCGCCCCGGCGCUUUGCGGAACGACGAGCGACAAUGUCAAUACGCAGAUCCGUGCUGACUUCACCAACUGUGCUCUUCCCGCCAACUCCCUUACUGGUACUUGCAUCUCAGGCGUCCAAAAUGAGCCCAACAAUUGCGGCUAUCUCGACAACCUCCAAGGCCUGUGCUCUUUCUGCGCCUCUAGCUCUCCAAACGCAACCGAUUCGUGCUGCAACAACUCCAACGUGAACGAACGUUGUCAAAACGUGGAGCUGCCGACAACGACUUCCAUGCCCCCACUGUUCACGAGCUCGACAGCCAGCCCAACCGCAACAUCGGCCGCAGGAAAUGGAAGCGGUGUUCGGCGCGGCCUCUCUCCGGGUCAGAUCGCUGGCAUUGUCAUCGGCGCUGUCCUGGGUGCUGCACUUCUGUUGACCUUUAUGAUUUGCGCCUGCAUCAUCUUCCGACGGCGUCGGGCAAGUCAAGUCGGCAGCGUCUUCAACACACCCUCGCCAUCACGUGGGAACACAGUCGCACCCGCCAUGUCGUACUCUAAUAUGCGCGAGCAACCACCCAUCCCUCCUACUGGUCGUGUCGCUCGCAUGAAUGCCCUCGAAGAGACGUCGAGCUCUGAUCCAUACAGCAGCCCUCGCGAAGGCCACAGGUACGGCCAAUCUGAUGGAUCUGGUGGAAGCCCGCGCUCUGCAGUCGUCGCUGCCGGUAGAUUGCCAAAACGCAAUGGCUCCCUCUCUAGCUCAUCCAGGCUUAAUAUUGGAGACGAGCCUCGCUCUCCCGAACCGAACAGUAACGACGAGGAGUUUUCGUCACCUGAGAUGGGCAGUGGCCAGUCGGAACAGCUACCUUUCUUCAAGGAUUAUUAUUCGCAGGACGAAAUUAGGCCCGGCGACUCAGUCGCUGUCUUGUGGGCGUACCAACCUCGCGCCAACGACGAAUUUGAUCUCGAGAGAGGCGAAAUGAUCAAGGUGAUGGGAAUUUGGGAUGACGGAUGGGCUACUGGGAUGAAGAUAACACAAACUGCAGAUGAUUGGGACGCAGACAGAAAGAUGCAGCGCGAUAGCGGAAUGUCAAACGGCAGUCAACGUCUAGUGGAGACUGUGGGCGAGGUCAAGGCCUUCCCGCUUGUCUGUGUUUGUUUACCUCAGCAUUGGAGGAAAACGAUAGACGGCGACUCCUCCGCGGGCGAUUCUGACAGGCCACCAACUCACAGCCCCUGA